UUCCCUUUUUAUUAUUAAGGGAUUAAAACUACUGAUUUUUUAUUAAUAUUGAUUUACAUAAGUUUAAAAAAUAUACUAAGGUGAUAUUAAUAAAGAAGUAAAUUAAAAAGAAUUUCUAAUAUUGUCGAGAAUCAAAUUACAUGAAACAAUAUUAACAAUGACUGACAAAUCAAUAAAACUUUCCAAUACGAUUUGCAUUCGUUGUUCUUCAUCUGCUGCGUACAUGUGCUCAAGAUGCUCUGCUAGAUAUUGUUCAAUACAAUGUCAGAGAGCUGAUUGGCAAAAUCAUCGUCUUGAUUGUGCUCAAUUACCUCCCUUAAUGUCAGCUUUCGAUACGAAUAAAAGCAAAUUAUCGUCAUUAUCAAUCGACUGCUCAAAACGAAUUAAAAAACAUCAAAAUUUCAUUGAAAAAGAAGAUGAAGAAUUGAAAGUUUCAAAACUAUCUUAUCUCCCGAUAUCGGACUGCUAUGAAAAGGAAGAUUCAAUAAAAGACUCGCAAAAAACAGACAAAGAUAAAGAAAUUACAAAAUUUUGGUUCUCUAGUUUAAGCUGUGACUCAAAUUUUGAAUUAAAAGACGAUUCAAAGUUCGAACAGAAAAAGGAGUUAGUGACAACAGAAGUAAGAGAAAAGGUUAAUAAAGAAAUAAAAUUGCCGGAAAAAAUUAGAACAAUUAAACCAUUGCAGCCACAAAUUAGAAUGAUCACUCCAGAACUACUUCACAAGAAUGAAAAACAAUCAGCUAAAUCAGUAAAUCAAUCAGCAAUUCUAAGAUUACCCCCAACAAGCGUAUCCAUUAAAGCAACUGCAAUGAAAGAUGUAAAAACAAAAGUAGUCCAACCUUUUAUGUACAAAGAUUUAAAAAUGCGCCCAUGGGUUAACACAGGUGAAGUUCGAGUUACAAUGCUUCACGUGUAUCCACCACACUUUAUGGUAUUAGCUGAAGAAACUCGUGAAAACUUUGAACUUUUCGACUUUAUAGAUAAAGAUGUAGAAGAGUGCUGCAAGGAUCUAGAAGAAAUAUUUCCUUACAAGCCGAUCAAAAACGAAGUUGUGUUGGCAUUAUACAAAGAAGAUUGGUAUCGUGCUUUUGUUUUGAGUGGAACAAACAAAAGCGAUGAAUAUUUAAUACAAUUCAUUGAGCUAGGCAACCGAAUGGUUGUGAAAUCAAAUGAGAUAAUGGCAGUGCCAACUGACAAAUUACGCUUUGAAGUUUGCGUUCGUCAUUUCAUUGUUGACAACAUGCCCAUCUCGUUAAGUAAACAUCAAAUCGAACUUGUGAAAACUUGCUCAUUCUCAAUCAAGAACAUUCGUAAAGAAACAGACAACAAAUAUCAUUGUGAUGUCAUUGGCUUCUAGGUAAUUGCUCAUGGUUACUGAUGAAUCGACAAAAAGGCCAAAGCUCAAGUAAUUCAAUAAUAAAUAAGCUUCGAAAGGAACCAGGAAAAGUAUCAAGUGACAACUUUAAUUACAGGAAAAUAUCAAUUUUCAUUCAAGUAUCUCUCAAAAUAAAUGUUAGAAAAAUUAGCAGAAACUCAUUGAACUCGAUGUUGAAAACUUUCAAAAUCUGAAAGUUCUGUGCAUACAGAAACAAAACUUUAUUCAAUUCAAUUUAAAAUAAAAGAAAGAAGACAAAAAUCAAAUUCUCCCUUGUUAAAAGUUUUUUUCCUGUUUUCCGUAUUGAACUUUCAUGUGUUGAAAUUCCCAACUGAAGUGGAAAAGUUUGAUUAAAUUUAGCAGUGGAGAGUUUGCUUUUCCAUUCUUUUUUCCCUAUUAAAUCGAAACAAGUUGAAACUUUCAAAAUCCCAUCACUCAUGAGAACAUUUACAUUCCAACUGGACGAAAGUUGGCAUUAAUCCUUUAAGGCGACGACUGAAAUGUUUUCUGCUGAAUUCUAUUCUUUGAACUCGUAAAAGGAUGAAGGAAAACAAAUGCAAAUUGAAACGAUAAAAUAUGACGGUAAUUUUUUUUUUCAUUUGUUAACAAAGAGAAUAUUUAUUUAAUGCCUUGAAGGAGUUUGCUUGCUGCUUUUUUGUAUAUUUAUGUCAAGUAACACUCGCGUAUAAUGAAAGUUGAAUUUACAAAUUCCCGAGGACAAAUCAAAUUGGUAAAAUAAAACCGCGACAAAAAUGAGAUGCUUGUAAUCGAGUAAAUAGCACUUGUGUCACGACAGGAAUUUUCAUCAUUUUCAGCAUAUCUGGCGUUAUAAAAUCGAUGAGAUUGACCACGUUUCAUUCAACUAGAAAAA